GCGGCCGUCGUCUUGCCGGUCCGCUAUUUCUACCUGCAGGCGGUCAACGCGGAGGGCCAGAAUUUCACUCGCUCGCCCCCAGGUCAAACACUAUUCAAAGUACUAGUCAAAUCUCUUUCACCCAAAGAAUUAGUCCGGAUUCAUGUCCCUAAACCUUUGGACAGAAAUGAUGGUACAUUUUUGAUGAGAUACCGAAUGUAUGAGAGUGUCAAUGAAGGGCUGAAGAUAGAGGUGCUUUAUGGGGACAAACAUGUGGCUCAGUCACCUUAUAUUUUGAAAGGUCCAGUAUACCACGAAUACUGUGACUGUCCAGAAGAGGAUCCUCAGGCCUGGCAGAAAACUCUUUCUUGUCCAAUCAAGGAACCACAGAUUGCUAAGGAUUUUGCUUCCUUCCCCAGCAUCAAUCUCCAGCAAAUGCUAAAUGAAGUCCCUGAAAGGUUUGGGGAUGAAAGGGGUGCUAUUGUUCACUACACAGUUCUCAAUAACCACAUUUACCGAAGAUCUUUAGGGAAAUACACAGACUUCAAAAUGUUCUCUGAUGAGAUUUUGCUGUCACUGGCAAGAAAGGUUCUUCUCCCAGAUUUAGAAUUUUAUAUUAAUCUUGGAGACUGGCCCUUGGAGCAUCGAAAAGUCAAUGAAACCCCUGGCCCUAUACCUAUCAUUUCAUGGUGUGGCUCUCUGGAUUCAAGAGAUAUUAUCCUUCCAACAUAUGACAUCACUCACUCCACACUUGAAGCAAUGAGGGGUGUUACAAAUGAUCUCCUCUCUAUUCAGGGAAAUACAGGGCCUUCCUGGAUCAAUAAAACAGAGAAAGCUUUCUUUAGAGGAAGAGAUAGCCGAGAGGAGAGGCUCCAGUUGGUGCAGCUGUCCAAAGAAAAUCCAGAGCUACUAGAUGCGGGGAUUACAGGGUACUUCUUUUUCCAAGAGAAAGAAAAGGAGCUUGGAAAAGCCAAAUUAAUAGGGUUCUUUGAUUUCUUUAAGUACAAGUAUCAAGUCAAUAUGGAUGGAACCGUGGCUGCUUACAGAUAUCCAUAUCUCAUGCUGGGAGACAGUCUAGUUCUGAAACAGGACUCACCAUAUUAUGAACAUUUCUACAUGGGACUAGAACCUUGGAAACACUAUGUCCCAAUUAAAAGAAAUUUGAGUGAUUUGCUGGAGAAAAUUAAAUGGGCUAAGGAAAAUGAUGAAGAAGCCAAGAAGAUUGCCAAAGAUGGGCAGUUGACCGCUAGGGACCUGCUACAACCACAUAGGCUUUACUGCUACUACUACAGAGUAUUACAGAAAUAUGCCCAGCGCCAGUCCAGCAAACCAGAAAUACGUGAUGGAAUGGAACUUGUUCCUCAGCCAAAUGAUGACACAUCCAUUUGCCAGUGCUCCAGGAAGAAGUCAUCAAGAGAAGAACUCUAAGUCAGGCCAGACUCAUACUCUGGUGUAUGCUGGCUGCAUCUUUAAGGGAGCCCUUCAGAUUGAACCUAAGCUGUGAAAAACGGUGCAAAGACUUUACCCAGUGUGCUGGUUCUCUUGGUGGUUUAUAUAUUAAUGGAUUCACCAGUAUUCCUGCAAGUAUUACCAAAUAUCUGUGGAUAGUAAUUUCUUUUGAGUAAAAACUGCUACUAUCAGCAUCAUAAUUUCUCUAAGAAGAUUACUGGGGAAUCAUAGCAGGCUUACCAAAAUAUACAUCACCCUCUAUGAAUCAGUUUACAUCAUAUUUAUUAGUUUAUUUCUAUCCCUUUUCACUUUCUUUCUUCCACUUUCAGUUACAAAAAAAAAAAUUGUGUACAGGGAGUUUUUUGUCUUUUUUUUACCUCCCACAUGGCAUUAUCUUUCUUUUUAUAAGCUGCUUUUGGCAUUUAGUCCUAGCAGCCCACUUUUGGAAGUUCUGAUAAGAAUUAAAGAAAAACAGAUGACCCUUAUUAUAAAAGGUAGCAUGGAGACUUGGAGAAAAAAUUUUUAAAAUACUACUUGUAUCUCUUUAACUAAAUUUUGCCAAGACCUAAAAUAAAGUUAAGAAGAAAUUAAGCCAGUAAUUUUCUAUCUAUCCAGGUUGUGUAUACAUCAAGGACAACACAGUUAUUAAUACAGAUGAGGGCAACCUAGGAGUAUCAUUUAUUAUCUAUAUUUGAAUAGAUAAAAGAUAGCUGUAGUGGGGGGGAUUCUUAAUCUUUUUAAAAGGAUCCUUGAAAACCCCUACAACAAGCUACAGGAAACGUGUUGUCUUGGGAUUCUUUAAUAAACUAACAAACACCCA